AUGUCGAUCCUUCUUCGCAAUGCGACCAUCCUUGUUCCGUCGGGAACCCCGAACGGCUAUGUCGUCCCAUUGCGAGAACACUCACUCCUCAUUGAGGGAAGUAAAAUCUCCCAGAUUGCCCCGCAUGUAGAGCCGCCGGAGAAUACGGAGAUAAUCGAUUGCUCAGGCAAGAUUGUCUCUCCUGGCUUCGUCGAUACGCAUCACCACGUGUGGCAAACGCAGUUGAAAGGCCGUCAUGCCGAUCAGGCCCUUGUGGAAUAUUACCCAAAUGGCAACGCCCAACAUGCAAACUAUACCGCAGAAGACAUCUUUUGGGGGCAGCUAGGAGGCUGCCUCGAAGCCUUGGAUGCGGGUACCACUACCGUGGUGGAUCAUGCUCAUAUGAGCGAGUCUCCGCCCAUAGCUACUAUUGCGUCCGGUAUCAGAUCUGUGUUUUGCUAUACCCCGACAGAGCGAACGAAGACAUGGCACCCCGAGAUGAGCGUGGACGGCAGUUUGCUCGAUGAUUGGGUCAUAGACCAUCUGAAGAAGCUUGCAGCACUGGCACCCUUUGGUGACGGCCGUGUGGAGCUGGGGCUGGGCUUCGACGGCUUUAUGCUCCCUAAAGAGCAGGUUGUGCCGUUCUUCCAACAAGCUCGCGCGCUAGGCACGAAAGUCAUCACUUCGCACUAUGUUAGGAAAUACUUCGGGGAUGAGUCGCUGGUAGACAAGCUAGACUCAUACGAUCUGCUUGGUCCCGACAUCCUUUUGUCCCACGCUUCCAAUCUCACUGAAUCCGAUAUUCGGAAACUCAACAAGGCUAGAGCUUGGAUCUCUACAACCCCAAGUACAGAGUUACAGAUGGGCCACGGCGAUAUCGUUUGCUUCCGAGAGGGUUGUACCGAUAUAAGCUCCUUGGGUAUAGACUGUCACAGCAACAACUCAGGCGACAUGGUCUCACAGAUGCGCCUUGCCUUGCAGCACGAAAGAGCAACGCGCAACGAGCAGCUCAUCGCCCAAGGCAAAAGUACCCGAUCACUUAAUAUCUUUGUCCAAGAUGUUUUCCGAUUAGCUACCAUACAAGGUGCCCGGGCGAUUCACGCGGAGGAUCGACUUGGGUCUCUUGAAGUCGGGAAACGGGCAGAUAUCGUCGUCUUUGACGGAACCAGCCCAGGAAUGAUUUGUGCGGCGGAGCAAGAUCCCGUCGCAGCUGUUGUGCUUCAUUCUUCAGUUCGCGAUAUUGAGACCGUCAUCGUCGACGGGCAUGUUCGCAAAUCGAACUCAAAAGUGGUCCCAGUAUAUGUGAGACCAUCUUUGGAGGAAUCCUUUAUUUCCGAGCAAAGGCUUGAGUGGAAUCAAGUGGCAAGAGAACUGGUAGCCAGUAGGAAAAGAAUCGAAGAUGCUGCUGCCGAGUCCGGGUCGAACUUUAAUGACCGCGAGCCUCUUGUGGAGGCCUUCAUGAACAUGGCUCAUAUGGAAAAAGCGAAGUUUGUGAAGCUGUAA